GUGUCUGCCGGGUGACCCUGGGCGAGUCACUCCGCUCCUCCGUGCCCUAGUUACCUCUGCGCUCCUCCUCCGCCGAGGGAGCUGCGGCUUCCUCCCGACAACCUCUCCCUGGUUCUCCGAGGUGUUGACCGGUUGACCCGAGGGGACCCGCGUUGGAUCGAGUUGCGGCAAGAUGGACGCCCAGUGCUCGAACAAGCUGAACCCGAGGAAGAGGAGGAAAGAGUCGGCCGGCCCCAACGGGGCGGCAGAAGAGGACGGCCUGCGCCUGAAGGUGUCUCGCCGCUCGGUUGGCUUGAGGGAGCCGGCGCCGUUUUCGGAUGAGAUCGAAGUCGACUACGGCAAGCCUUACGUCAGAGUCACGAUGGAAGAGGCCAGCCGGGGAACCCCCUUUGAGCGGCCUGUGCGGGUCUAUGCCGACGGAAUAUUUGACCUGUUCCACUCCGGACAUGCCCGGGCUCUGAUGCAAGCGAAGAAUCUUUUCCCGAACACGUACCUCAUCGUGGGAGUUUGCAGUGACGAGCUGACGCACAACUUAAAGGGCUUCACGGUGAUGAACGAGAGCGAGCGCUACGACGCGGUUCAGCACUGCCGUUACGUGGACGAGGUGGUACGGAACGCUCCGUGGACCCUGACCCCCGAGUUCCUGACCGAACACCGGAUUGAUUUCGUGGCCCACGACGACAUCCCGUAUUCUUCUGCCGGAAGCGAUGAUGUGUACAAACACAUCAAAGAAGCGGGCAUGUUCGCCCCGACCCAGAGGACGGAGGGCAUCUCCACGUCGGACAUCAUCACGCGCAUCGUGCGGGACUACGACGUGUACGCCCGGCGCAACUUGCAGCGAGGCUACACCGCCAAGGAGCUGAACGUCAGCUUCAUCAACGAGAAGAAAUACCAUUUGCAGGAGCGGGUCGACAAGGUGAAGAGGAAAGUAAAGGACGUAGAGGAGAAGUCCAAGGAGUUUGUGCAGAAGGUGGAGGAGAAGAGCAUCGACCUCAUCCAGAAGUGGGAGGAGAAAUCUCGAGAAUUCAUCGGAAACUUUCUGGAGAUGUUUGGCCCAGAGGGCGCGCUGAAACACAUGCUGAAAGAGGGGAAAGGCCGGAUGCUGCAAGCCAUCAGCCCCAAACAGAGCCCCAGCAGCAGCCCCACGCACGAACGCUCCCCGUCUCCGUCCUUCCGCUGGCCCUUCUCCGCCAAGGCCUCCCCGCCCUCCUCCCCGGCCAACCUCUCCCGGCACAAGGCCGCCGCCUGCGACAUAAGCGAGGACGAAGAGGACUAAGCCGCCGGCCCCGCCCGCCCCCGGGGAGCUCUCUCGGAGCCGCGAGCCGGGGGUCCCGACCCGUGACACCGCCGCCCACGGGGGGGGGGGGGAUGGA